UUCCGCUCGUAGCUGGGAACCGCCGUCACGCAACACCACAGGUUGCCUAAAGCCUCAACUUGCUUCACACCGCGGAACGCGCAACCACUCAAUCAUGGCUUUCACGAAGAAUGUGGAGGGUAUGAUGCUCCUGGAACAACCAUUUGCACGAGUUCCGUAUGAGAACUACCGGAAGGUAUUCAGGACUCAGCAGAAGAACAUAGAGAAAGAGAUCGGGGCGAUACAGACGGCUGCGAGCGACCUUGCCAAGAAUGCGCAAGGGUCAUUGAAUCCGCAGGGGACGCUGAAGUCUAUUGACGGCAUGAUAGGGAGGGUGGAGUCUCUGAAGCGGAAGCUUUCAGACUUGGAACAGUCCGCGGGCAGACCCACGCAGGAUGUUAUGCGCGAGCGGUAUCAACAUUUAGCCGUCAUUGAGUCGCCUACGACGUCCGAUGCAGAAUACAGCCAGUGGGCAGAAAAGCGAUUGGAUCGCUGGAUCGUCGACUGGGCGCUCCGCACUGGCAAGGAGAAGACGGCUCGGAUCAUCGCGCAACAGAAGGACAUCGAGACGCUAGUUGACAUUGACUUGUUCAUGGAUAUACAUCGUGUGGAACACGCCUUGGCACAUCAAAGUUGCACGGAGGCGCUCGCCUGGUGCAGUGAGAACAAGACGGCGCUGCGGAAGAUCAAGAGCACACUCGAGUUCGAGCUUCGUCUCCAAGAAUACAUUGAACUGUGCCGUGCCCGCAGGAAGGAAGACGCGAUCGCUUACACUAAAAAGCACCUCGUUACCUGGCAGGAGACCCAUCUUGCGCAAAUUAGACAGGCAUUAGGCCUGCUGGCCUUCCCACCCGCCACCACAUGCGGUCCCUACAAACGCCUGUACGACCCCUCACGAUGGGAUGUCCUCGUCCAGUCGUUCCGGACGGCGAUAUACACGCUGAAUACCCUUCCCUCAGAGCCGCUCCUGAAUUUAUCCAUGUAUGCGGGGCUCUCGGCACUCAAACUUCCCGCUUGUUACGAUGAGCACAUGAAGAGUGUUGACUGCCCUGUGUGUGAUCCAGCUCUCGGUCAGCUUGCGAAAGAGGUCCCUGCGAGUCAUCACGUCAACUCCAGCAUCGUGUGCAGUAUCACUGGCAAGAUCAUGGACGAGGACAACAUGCCCAUGGCUCUGCCGAACGGAUACGUAUACUCGAAAGAGGCUCUGCAAGAAAUGGCGGCUAAGAACGACGGACAGGUUACUUGCCCACGAACCGGGUAUACCUGCGAUUUCUCCGACCUGCGCAAGGUUUUCAUCUCAUGAUCCCAUGUGUACCCCCUCAGACCACAUCCUUUCGUCAUUAGCUGUGUACUUUCUGGAUUCUCAUCGCGUAUGUACUUCGAACCCACGCACUGUAACAUUACACGACCACGAUGUUCUACCAG